AUGGCUGUAAAUGUACACAUACAUUCCAAGUUUGGGGAGCACUUCCAUUCCAGUUGGGUGCUAGAAGACUGUGAAAUGAUAGCAAUGCCUAGUGGCAUGGAUGGAUUUUACCAAAGACUUAUCACCAACAAGGAGGUUAAUGAAUUGCCACUGCAGGCUAUCAACUUGCGGGGUCCAACUCUCCCAGACUUUGACAAUGAUGGAGUCAGUGCAGAUGAACAAGAACAUUUGAUUAAUGCUUUACUGGGAUCCCAGCUUAAUUUAGCUAAAACUGUAUGUAGUUUAUCCAAUUUUUCAAAGUCUCUUUACAAAAGACUUGUGGUUCUACAGAGAAUAUACACAGCCGUGUCUGUCAAACACCACAACAAAUUUUGCCUCACGUCUGGCGUAGAUAAAUCUGAACUUAUUGGAGGGAUGCGAUCAGGAAAAGUGUUUGAAAAAACAGAAGGUGUUGCUUCAUGUGUGUCAGAGUCGCAGAGAAAUACAGCUUUGUUAGAACUUGGUGUUAAAACAGGGUUGAGUUUGCUGUUUUCACUAUUAAAGCAAAAUUGGAUGUUAGCUGGAAAGUUGCAGCAUUUUUGUAUAUGUAAUGAUAUUCUACAAACUGCCAUUUCUGUUGUAUCGUCUUUUCCACCCCUUUCUCUUGCUAAUGAAGCAAAGAUUACUCAUCUAGGUAUUGAAUCUUUGAACGAAGUCAACAAAUUUUUACGACAAGCUGCUAGUCCACAGUCUGGAGCAGAUUUAGAAGGACAGCGUCUUGCAUCAGAACUUAUGAUCUCCCUGGCUGCUCAGCGCGGCUCACUUUGUUAUGUGCUUGAUUGGGUGGAUAUGGCACUACACACGUCUGUAACAGUUCUCUGUGAUCAGAAAGGAGAGGAAAAAACAGAAGCUGGGAAAAUCAAUUGGAAAUUCUUUACCGAUAUUGUGACGCAGAUGAUCAAAUCAGUGGGAGGACCACCGACAUUGACUUCAAUGUUUGCAAGAAACCCACCAGUAGACCAGAAUGGCUUAGUCCCUCUCUACUUAGCUGCAGUUGUACUUUUGGAAGAGCUUUACAGUUUAGCUGCAGAUUACGAGAGUAAUUGCUGUCUGGGCCCUGAUGAGAACUCCAACAAUUCAUUGACUUCUAACAGCAACAACAAUAUGGGCACUGGAGCUGGAGGUAGCUGUGAGGUUUACAUCUGGGGCAGCAACAGCAGUCAUCAACUGGCUGAGGACAGACAGGAAAAAAUACUAGCACCAAAACAAGCCACAUCUUUUAAAGAGUGUCAACAAAUCGAGGCAGGUCAGUUCUGUUCAUUUGGAAUACACACUGAUGGCUCUAUCAGUGCUUGUGGCAAAGGCAGUUAUGGACGACUAGGUUUGGGAGACUCCAACAACCAAACAACACCCAAAAGAUUAAAUUUUGAACCCAACAGGAAAAUAAAGAAAGUCUCAUCAUCGAAGGGAUCUGACGGACACACACUGGCUCUGUCAACUGAUGGAGAAAUAUACAGCUGGGGAGAUGGGGAUUAUGGCAAGCUUGGUCAUGGCUCAAGUUGUACAGUGAAAUAUCCUAAGCUUGUCCUAGGACCAUUGGCAGGGAAGAUUGUGAAGUGUGUAGCAGCUGGUUAUAGACACAGUGCUGCAGUUACAGAGGAUGGGGAACUUUACACAUGGGGUGAAGGGGACUAUGGCAGACUGGGUCAUGGUUGCAGCAACAGUAAAAGUUUCCCUACACGAGUGGCAGAUAUUUCCAGCGUGGGUCAGGUCAGCUGUGGGGGCUCCCACACCAUGGCUGUCUCUCAGGAUGGCAAACAUGUCUGGUCAUUUGGGGGAGGAGACAAUGGAAAACUUGGACAUGGAGACACCAACAAGCAGUACAAGCCAAAACUGAUUGAAGCCUUGGCUGGUCUUUACAUAAGGAAGGUGGCCUGUGGGAGCCAGGCCUCUAUGGCACUUACCUCGACUGGUCAGUUGUACGCCUGGGGUUGUGGGUCCUGUUUAGGUUGUGGAUCUGAAGAUUUUACUGCCCUUCGCCCACGUCUAGUGGAGGACCUUCAAUCAAAGAGAAUAGUAGACAUAUCUUUUGGAGACAGUCACUGUCUUGCACUCUCACAUGAUAGUGAGGUAUUUGCCUGGGGUAACAAUGCCAUGGGCCAAUGUGGACAGGGUCAUGCCCAGAGUCCGAUCACGCGCCCUAAGAAGGUGUUAGGUCUAGAGGGAGUCAGUGUUCACCAGAUAUCUGCUGGUACCUCCCAUAGUGUGGCUUGGACCUCCCUCCCUACAGACAGACAUGUGGUUGCAUGGCAUAGGCCAUUUUGUGUGGACCUGCAGGAAGCCACAUUUGCAACAUUGAGAUCAUUCCUAGAGCACUACUGUGAUGGCUUUGAUCAGGAUAAACCGCCCAAACCCUUUACAACCAAACAUGAUCAUCAUCACUUCGUCCAGCUGUGUUUGAAGAUGUUGGGUACCCAUCUGUCACUAGCUGUAGCUGGAGGGAUGACCAAUGUGUUCCUCGGGCAGCAAGCUGCACCAAUCAGAAACCUUCUUUUUAGACUCAUAGAUACAAACAUGCCAGCCACCAUACAUGGGAUCGUAACAGAGACACUGUCUGUAGGAGCUCCACUGCUUCUACCUCCUCUAAGAGAGAGAAUGGAACUUCUCCACUCCCUUUUACCUCAAGGACAAGACAGAUGGGAGAGUCUAUCACAAGGGCAGCAAAUGCAGCUGAGUAUCAUCCUAACUAGUCUACAGGAUAAUGGUCACAUUGCCUCCUUGCUUGGCUUCACCGAGUCAUCAGACACGGGGGUGGUAGCUAGUCCUAGAGAGUCAGGCAUGUCUGACCUACAGUUGGCUGCCAUCCUGAUGAAGACCAUCCUCAGAAACCUGGCACAUGAAACAGAACAAUCUCUGAACGAGUAUGAAAAGAAUUUGGAUAAACCUUUGGAUGGAAAUAUCUGUCAGCGCCUGGCACCUCCUCACCUACACAGUCUGUUAUCCUCACUACAUAAACAUCUACUGGCUUACUGUUACAGCAAGGCCAACAACGAUCACAUGAUUGCACCAGCUAUUUCCUUGCUACACCAGCAUAUGUUCCUCAUGUUACCGGUGGCAGAGAACAUUCUGGAGAAAUCCUGUAGUGUCUUGACCAGUCACACCAACUCUCCACAACUCCUCAACUCUGUAGCAGACAUCCUGUACCAUUCUCCGGCUGGUGCCAUGCUGUACCACAUGGUGCACUCUCUGCUGUUGCUGCCAAUAGAGCGAGUUAAUCCCCUCCUCCAUGACCUCAUGGCUUUGUUGCCAAUACUGGAUCGUCUGUGUAAAAUGUUACCAAUAGUCAAUGUACUGGAGGCUAUAGAACUUGAAGGAACUUCUGAAGGGGACUUGGACAAGUGGGUGUGGCUUGUUGACAUGGAAAGGACAUGUGCUACUCUGAUUGGCCAGUGCCUUGGAGGGAUGCUUGUUGGCGUAGCUCUGUCCACACAGGAGAAGAACUGUUCCUACUGGCUGGAGAAAACGUUGUUUGGGAAUGGACCAGAGAUCUCCUCUAUUCAACUUGAGAAAUUUAUCAGCAGUAUACUAGAGUGUUGUCAGGGUCGGCGGACAGAGGUUACCGCCCUGGAACAGCUUGAUCUUGAUGCUGACACCAUCUCGCUGGUAGAAUUGUGCUGUGGUUUUAAGUGUGAAGUUAAUAAUAUUCUAUGGGAGACUAUGAUGGACCAUGGUAAAAGUCAAGACUGGCACACAAGUGAACUGUCUGAUGAAGCAGAGCUUGAUACAGUUUCCAGAUGUCUUCUGUCAGUCUUACUGAAGCAUUGUAAUCUCACUAAGAUGGCUCUGCACAAACGCAGUAUCACUGGAACCCUAGAAACUAUCUUCCAGCAUGUGUUUAAAGUUAGAAGUCAGCUGUAUGAAAUCAAACAGAUGAAGAGUUUGUCUAGCAGCAAGGUGUUGGAGUCACCAGUGUCGGAUAAAACUCCCAAACAUGAAACCUCUGACUUGUCACCAGGGCAAAUGCCAGAAAGGUCAGAGGCUGCAAAAGAAUGGUCUGAAACCUUGGAAGAGGAAGAGGAACAAGAAGACGAUUGCUCAGAACCUUUGUCAGAUGAUGAGGGGACAAUAAAAGAUUUACCACACACAAUACGGGAACAAUCUUUUGAGGAUGCCUGUCUGGACUACCAACAAAGAUGUCUGUUUCUGCUGCUAGGGGUCCGGGCUGCAGUCGCAGAAACGAACUGUUCUGAGACUGGCAUCACUACCACGCCAGUCAUACCUAGGAGAGGGAGUGUUCCUGAUUUAAGUGCUUCAUCAGCCACCCAGGGAACUUUGACAGAGGAGGAUAUCCCACGACAAAGGGAUGGUACAUCAACCCCAGUCUAUAGCGUUGAUGCAAGCUUCAACAUGGGUUCCUUACAACGAGUUAAAGAAAUUCUCCGUAGGUUACGAUGGCAGCAGGAAAGAGCCACAGGUUCUGAUAUCACCAGUUCCUCCAUAAAAGAUCCUGCAAAAACCUUCACUGAACAAGUAGCUUCAGAUGUAUGUAAAUUUGUCACUGGGGAGAUUUUGGAAAACCCAACCGGGACGGGAGAAACUGAUGGAGAGUCAAACAGAAACAAUGAUCCCAGGGAAAUAGCAGUGGCACUGGAGCACCAACAGUCUAGGGCAGAGUCCCGACUUUAUGCACUGAACCAAAUUAAAGAAUUGCUAUCUACAAGAACAGACAAUCAACAGCUUGGCAAGGUAGUGUCUGACCUCACACCAACAACCUUACUCUGCUCGGCUCAUAUUCAGCUCCUCACUGGUUCAUUUAGCUUCUGUGGACCUGUAGAGAGCUCUGGUCAAGGGGCACAACUCUACCACUAUCAGGAUGAAAUUAAAGCUGCAAAAGCCAAGACACAGCAGGAGAUCCAGCUGGCAGUACAUCAGAUCUAUGAAUUACUAGUCAAGGCACUCCAUCAUACAGACAACAUAGACAGCAUUGGAGAAGGAGUUCGUUUGAAGUUACUACUGUGGACCAUCUACUCCCUGAGUAUGAAGUACAAACCUGCAGAUAUCUCCCUGGCUGUGUCUUGUGGUCUGCUGCCCCGCCUCCUGACUCUUAGCCACAGCGAUGCUCCAACAUCAUACAUCCUGCCUUUGACCAAUCGGGACCUACAGCACAGCCAGUUACAAGUGGUUGUUAAGAUGUCUAGUUCUCACCUCCUUAGGCUCAUCACACUCACAUCAGGGGUGUAUGCCAGUAAACUGGGAUCUGGUGUUGUACAAGGAAUUGUGGACCUUCUUUGGAUUCAACUGACCAGUAUGGUAACCUGCAAUGAUUCCUGUCUUCAGCAGGACACAGGGACUACAUACAGAGUGAAGUCACAUGUUCAGCUGGCCAACUUCCUACUGUUUCUCAAGCGAGUAGCCUCUACUAAAACAAUAUUGAAGCUUCUGUCUGCCAAACGCUGGGUUUCCAUGUUCCUUAAUCUUGCCCAACAGAAACAUGUGAUGGUCAAUUCGGACACAGGAUACAGCCUAAGGACUAGACUCAUAGCUGUUAACCUUCUGGAGUCUGUUCUUCUGUCAUGUGAGGAGAGUAAUGAUAACGAAGAUCAUAAACAGAUUGUUGAGGACAUGUUCCAUGGCCUUGCACUCAAUAUGUGGGUUAUUCCACAAUGUAAAGCACUCCAACAGGCCAAACAGAAGAAAGAAGUCCUUCUCCAGAAACUUACAGACUGUGAAAGAAAUGCAUUCAACCAGAGCCUCGAGGAGGACACAGACACAGCUACUUUACAGACAGCAAGCUUUGACAGUGAGAAAUGUCUGAACUGUACUGUUGAAAACUCUCAGACCUUGGUUCACAGUGGAGCAGGCAAGGGCUAUGGUCUUGGUGUCACCCCUAUGACAUCUGGUUGCUAUAAGUGGAAGAUACUAAUAGUGAAGGAAUGUAAGAACAAUGAGGGUACAUGUGUAGGAGUAUCACGCUGGCCGGUCAGCGACUACACUCACAGGAACUCAUCAGAUAUGUGGCUGUACCGUGCCUACAGUGGCAACCUGUACCACGGCGGAGAGGCCCCCCAGACAUUACCACCAUUCACUCAGGGAGAUUACAUCACUGUUCUCCUCGACAUGGAUGCUCGCACACUAUCUUUUGGAAAAAAUGGAGAGGAUGUGAAGCUUGCUUUUGAGGACAUUGAAGCUUCUGAGCUGUAUCCCUGCGUCAUGUUCUAUAGUAAUAACCCAACAGAGAAGGUCAAAAUGACAGACAUGCAGCUUUGUGAGAACACAAGGGACCUUCUGCCUGGGGAUCCAUUAUGUUCUCCGGAAUCUGUUGUCAUGGUGGAAGCCAAUCUUAAACUCCUGCGUUCUCUACACAGAACAUCAGCCUGGAAUAGCCACAUCAACAGAAAAAUCCUCCAGCAGCUCAGCAUGGUGAAUGAUCUAGAAAAAAGACAAACUGAAGAUGUUGAGAGAAGUGAAGAACAUGAAGGGAAAGAAGAGAGUGCUGAUUCAAAGGAAGGUCUAGAAGAAGAGAAGGAAGAUAAAACAGAAAAAAUGGAUGACAAAGAUAAGAAUGAAAAAUCUACAGGAACUCCGUUGUUGGAUUUGAAAAACAAAGAUACACUACACUUACUGUGUCAUGAGGUUUGGCCAAGCCUUGUCCUCAUAGGUGGCCUUGACCCAGGCCUUCGCGUUGGAGGUCGCUGCAUGCACCAGACUACAUUCAAGGUAGGGACAUUGAUGGGGGUAGCAAGGGAUGGAGCAAACACAGCAAAAGUCCAGUGGGAUGAUGGUGACUCUUCCUCAAGUGAUGCUCUGCUGUCAAAGUUAGAAUCAAAAGAACCACUUUCAUUUGAUGCAGACCGUCUUGUAGGAAUGACCACUAGUCAUUUGGAAACUCUGGUCAAACUCUCCCUACUGAUGGAUGAAAAACCAUCAAUGUUACAAGAAUCUAGACAACCCACAACAGAAAUUUCUACCAAUAAAGAGGAAGUGAUUGUCUCAAAAGUUCAGAAACUGAAACAAAGUGUUCUCGAUGAAACUAAUGCUUUAAUGAGAAAACUUGAUGAGGAUAUAGCUCGUGUGUUGGAAAUGGAGAUGCAGCAGCUGGCGGAAAUGGACCACAAUGCUGACAAACGCAAGGCCCCAUUGGUAACGGCAGAAACAUUUGAUGAUUCGUCAGCAAGCACCUGUACGGCCUCGCCACCAGUUCUGUCGCCGCGUGAUGAUCUGUUACCAGAGACAAAAGAACACCAGGAAACGGAAGGAACGUUAAAUCUUGAUGAUGAAUUCUGUGAUCCAGAUUCCUUGUCAUCAAAGAAUCCUCAAGAUUCUUUUCCUUCAACUUCAGAAAAACUCCAAACCAAAAAUCCACAUCCAAAUGAAUUCCAAAAGACUUCCGUUGAUGAAGCAUUUGUACCGGAUGAAUUGCACACAAUUAAAACAUCCUAUGUACAGGUCACUGCUCUAAAAGCUUUACACACUAUAUUAUUAAACAACAAGUUUAUUGAAAUGCUUCUUGUGCCAAAAUCAGACCUUUUGUCAGAAAGGAAUAAGGCUUUAGUUGACGGUACUGUAAUCCGCAGGGAUGAAGAUUUCAAAGUCACUUUGAGGUCAUUCAUGAAGAGGAUGGUUCGGUUAGCUCUGAGUCAGUCAGGGUUAUUGAGAGUGUUUUCAGUGUUAGAACUGGAAAGGGCACAUGCGAUUCUGUACAAGAUGAUAACUACAUCAAAAGCAGAGGAAGUCACCUGUAUUUCAGAAGUCAAAGAAAAGUAUGAAACAAUGACGAAAGACAAGGAGAAAAAUUUCAAUAUCAAGAAAAAACCACAGGAGUCAUGUGAUAUGGUUUUGGCAAACCAGCCACCAUCAUCUACCCAGCUGCCAAAUGUAACGCCAGAAGAAUUGUCCAACCAGGAAGAGGACCAGGAAAAUUACCAGCAGACAUCAAUCCUUCAAUAUGUUAGACGAGGGUCUGAUAGUCCCCACAGUUCGUUCUCACGUCAUCUGUUCAGUCGUCGGGCAAGGAGGGAGCGCUCACAGUCCACCACAGCAUCUCGCUACUCAGUAGUGCGGGUCCCACCAGCUGCACCACCCCUCAGGCCCUCCCCUCCCCCUCCCCAGAGGAAGCCUCCCCAUCUUCCAAUCAGGACCAGAUCACCGUCUCCACCACCUCCCCCCAUAGCCCUGUCACUUCUAGAGAUGGGGUUCACUCUUAAUGCUAUCAAGAGAGCACUCACAGAGACAUGUGUAAAUAGGAAUGAAGUGUCUGCCCAUGGCAUUAACACUUUAGCCAUGUGGAUGUUGGAACACCCUCUUGACAUCCAGGAACCAGAGGAAGCUGCCACAAAAAAUACUCGUGACACCAUACCAGGACAGGAGUCUGCCAGUAAUAUCAUCAGUGACUCACAGCCAUCUGAGGAUGAUGUCAGAGACCCAUACAGUAUGUUGCUGUCAAGACGUAUAUCAUUAGAGGGUUUAUUGAACGAAUCUAGUGAUGACUCUAAUGAGGAACCGGACACUCGUCGCUCACGCUACAUCAGAAGUCCACGACCAAUCUCACGUACACGUCAUGUGGACAUCAGAAGUUUUCUUUCUAAUACAGCUAAUGAUCGUGAGUUGGAGCGGUCAGAAUCCUUACAGAUUCCCAUGGAGACCAGCAGACCAUCAGACCUGUAUGAGAGAGUGUCAGAGAAUCAUGGGCUUAGUGAUGCAUUUGAUGUCCUCUGUGGUAACAUGAACCUGGAAAGUAUUGAUGACCUCUUCCCAACACAAACUGAGUCCACCUGGGACCUCAUGAAUGCAAUUAGAAUGGAGUUUGAAGCUGACCCUUCUGUGGUGUGUGAACUGUGCCAACAAGAAACAGACUACUUACUAGGUCACAUGCAGCUUGACCACCCCGGCUGUGGAAGGAUAUCUUGUUACAAUGUAUACAACAGUAAUGGUGUGUAUAGUAUGUGUCCGUGGUCAGUGGUUUGUGGCACAGGUUAUCCCAGCUAUGCUAUGUGUAGAGGCUGUCGGGAUCGGCACCUUGAACUCCAUAACAACAGAGGGAGCAACACAGAGGGAACAGAGGAACAGGGAGAAAGUCUGAGCAGUUCUACACAUAAGGCUCCAGAUCUCCUUAGCUCUGUUGACUUCACAGCUUUGGAGCAAGAAUUACAGAUGGGGUAUCGAGGAGGAACUCAUAUAGAUGAGACAGAUAACUUGCUACCGAAAUUAGGCAUCACAGACUGGAAACCAUGCCCUGACCCUCUCAAGUUUACAGAGAUGGAUCCACUGGGAUCUAAACUGGUGCUGGCUUCUGUAACAAAUGCUGGAUCAUCUUUAGAAAUAAUACAUACCCCUUCUCCAGCAUCACGUCCCGACAGUAAGUAUCGCACUCUGGGGGAGCAGGCAACCAACCUUAAGAACCCACGUGACCGUCAGAUUGCCCUUCAGAGGAUCACCUCAACUUUACAGGUGAUGUUGGCCCGCAGUAUUGUGAUGAAAGCUCUCUCUGUCCUGGCCAGCAGUGACUCAUCCUGUAGUUUACCAGCAGCCCUGGAGUACAUUGGCUUGUCUGAUAUCAUGGUGAUUGUACAGUUGAUGUGUCUGUGUGCCUCUGGUAAGAUCAGCUACCCACAGUCAGGCAAGACACAAGACAGUCUACAGAAUCUUACCAAGGCGCUCGGCUCAUUGGUCCAGGACAACCAGGUGUCCAUGAAACAACUUGUCAGAUUGUGUACACAGGAACUUUUGUAUGCUUCCAUGGGUAAGUCUAGUGGACAUCGCAGCAGUGCUGGAGUGGUUCGCAUGAAGAUCCCUGGGACAUCCAAACUGGCCCCAUUCGAACCUUCCAUGUUCACUGUAACGCAAUCUCUCGUGUCACUUCUCACAAAGAAUGGUUGGGGUCACAAGAUGUCAGAGAUGUUGGCCAGAGGACCAAAAUCCAAUCCAGACAGCCCUGGGGGAGUCCCACCACCCCCGGAGGAUGAGGGAAUCCAUCCCCUUCAACUAAUCAAUGCCUUAGCUGGAUGUGUGCUCUCCACCAAGGUACCUCCUGCACACAAAGAAUGGGCCAUUAAACAACUCCUUCAGUCUCUGUCCUCGCAUGCUGACACAUCAGAACGUCCUGUCAACCAAGUUGACCUUGGUGGUGACCUACCCAACUGUCCUGUGUCGAAGCUUGAAGGUCAUCAGAAUAGACUUGCUAUAUGUAAAUGGAGCCAGAAAAAGUCUAUGCUAGCUACCAGUGGCUAUGAUGGUACAUUACGUAUUUGGAGCCUGCCCAACAAAACACACCAGUUCCUACAACAGACAUGUGUAUUUAAUCGCGGUGAAGAUCUUUCUGGGGAAGACCUUGAUGGUCAUUUACUGGACAAUGUUUGCUGGAGUGCUAAUGGCCGUUUACUUGCUGGCUCAAUGGAUAACCUUGUUAAUAUUUGGAGCACUGGAGGCUCUAAGGGUAUUCUAGAUGUACACAGUCACUGGGUGUCUGCCCUGACUUGGCCCAGCCACAGGAGUAUGGUUGGUGGGUGUCUGGGUAUGACAGUCGACAUCCUUCUUGUGGGGCGAUUGGAUGGUUCCUUGGCUGCUGUAGAGAUUCUCGGUGGCUCUAGUUUCAACCGCAAAGAACUGGAUCAUUGCAGGCGCACCUCAGUGGCUGUUACUAUGCUGGCAUGGUAUGAUGAGGACAGAAACUUUGCUGCAGCUUACAGUGAUGGUGUGGUUACUAUUGGUAACCGCUCAGACUUCAAAACUCCAGUCACAACUGAGGCUCACCAGAACUCUAUCAAUGGUCUUUCCUGGGACCCUACUGGUCACCUACUGCUGACAUGUGCUGAGAAAGACAGUUGUGUGAAGGUGUGGCGACCAGGACGAGAGGGACUGUGCUUACUGUACCUCUUACCAGACUCUGACCCUGUCUGCUCAGUCAUGUGGUGCAGUGUUCAAGGCAAAGGAGAGAAUAAGCAACUGCUGUUGGCAAGGUGGGAGAUGAAAGAUUGCUAUGCCUGUAAUCCUAUAUAUCUGCCUCCAAUCUUUAAACAGAACCAAGACAUGGAAUGCAUGGAAGAGGUGAUUACCCUUAAACCUGUAAGGACUUUACAGGGGCAUAUGACCUCUGUAAACUCCAUGACCUUCAGUCCUGAUGGUCUUAUGCUGGCCUCUGGAUGUACAAGGGGAUGGGUCAACGUCUGGUGUCUGUCUGAUGGCUGUUUACUGCAGACCCACAUUGAGAAUGGAAUGGUGAAUGACCUUUGCUGGUAUGCCGAUUAUGGAUUGGCCAUUUGUUUCAACAGGAUCAAGGAUGUGGUUAUACUACACUAUAAUGCUGAGCUCCAUCAGAAGUCCCGAUGUAUCGCCAUGGCGAGAAAGAAGCUAAAGCAGCAAGGCAUUGUGGGAUUAAACCAGGCUCCCUGUUUGCUGAGCCUUCUACAACAGCUGCCGACCAUGCUUCAAGACCAGUACCUGUACGAAAAGCCAAUCGUUGUGUCUGGCCAGCAACUGGUGCACAGCCCUUACCUACAGUGUCUGGCUACCCUCGGGGUGGGACUGUCUAUGGAGUAUGUACUGUGUCACAACCAGACACUACUUCAUCACAAUACAGAAGACCAGGAUCUGUUGGUACCAGAAUGGCAAUGGCUUCUAUCUUUCUCCGCUGCCAUCAAGUCAGCUGAUGCAUUAACUCAAAGAAUGCAGUUCCCGGACUCCUUCAAAAUCCUGAAUAAGGACACCAGGAAUGGAGGAUCUGUUCCAAUGGAUAACAGCUGCUGGGACUUAAACAUGGACACCCAAAUCAUGUUGUGGGCUUUACAACGCCCAGAGGACUGGCAGCUAGGGGGGAAGUGUGAGGUAUUCCUUUGGGGUAGUGGACGCCACGGCCAGAUAUGUGAGGGUGGGAGGGCGUCUUUUGUACCCUCAAAAGUCUCCUCAUUCUCAUGUGCUCAGAAAGUGAUAUGUGGACAGAACUGCACGUUUGUGAUCCAGAAUAACGGUACAGUACUGGCCUGUGGGGAGGGAAGUUAUGGCCGCUUGGGACAGGGGAACUCGGAUGAUCAUCAUUCCCUUACAGCCAUAUCAUCACUACAGGGGUUUGUGGUAAUACAGCUUGCAACCUCGGUGGGGUCAGAUGGUCACAGCCUCGCUCUGACUGAGAGUGGAGAGGUGUUUAGCUGGGGUGAUGGUGACUAUGGCAAAUUGGGACAUGGCAAUAGUGACAGACAGCGCCGCCCACGACAGAUUGAAGUUCUACAGAGGGAGGAAAUUGUACAGCUUUCGUGUGGAUUUAAGCACAGUGCUGUGGUGUCAGCAGAUGGAAAAUUAUUUUGUUUUGGUAAUGGAGAGUAUGGGCGUCUAGGAUUGGGUAAUAUCGUCAACAAGAAGAUACCACACAGAGUCACAGCACUAGACAGCUACCAGAUUGGACAAGUGGCAUGUGGGUUGAAUCACACCCUGUGCGUGUCUACAGAUGGGACAAAUGUCUGGGCCUUUGGUGAUGGAGAUUAUGGCAAGCUGGGCCUGGGGAACACCACGGGUAAACAUCUCCCAACCAAGAUAGAGGCACUCCAGGGUCAGACCAUUAAAAAGGUGGUUUGUGGAGCUCAGUUCUCUGUAGCUCUCUCCAAAGAUGGCAGAGUGUUUACCUGGGGACAAGAUCGCCUGAUUGGUCAGCCAGAGUUCAGAGGGCGUGGCCACAUGAAGCCUCAAGAGGUGACAGCCUUGUCAGGAUAUUAUGUAGAAGAUGUGGUGUGUGGGGCAGAACACACUUUGGCUCUAACCUGUACAGGGGAUGUCUGGGCAUGGGGCAAUAACAGUGAGGGCCAGUUAGGGAUUGGCCAUACCAACACACCAGUGAGGGAGCCGCAACUAGUACCCUGUCUCACUGGCAAAAAUGUCAAACAGAUAUCAGCUGGUAGGACCCACAGUGCCUCGUGGACAGCACAGCCUCCUCCUCAAAGAAAACCAGGAGUACCUCUUCCCCUCCAGCUGGGCAUCCCAGAGUGUGUGCCUCCUCAGUAUACAGCCUUGACAGGAGUGAGCCUGGAGGAUAUACAGGGACGCUUCAAACUUCUGCACCACUUCUCUGACCUCAUAUACUCUUCCUGGAGACUACUCCCACUGACUUGUAUCCAGUCGACCCUUACCCAAUACGAGGCUGGCAUGGCAGGAAUCGUGGAUGGAAGAUUGCGUCCACUUCUCUCCCCGAGGGUCUACACACUUCCCCUUGUCAGGGCAAUCGGCAAGACCAUGGUCCAGGGAAAAAAUUAUGGACCACAGAUUACUGUCAAACGCCUCUCUACAAGGGGGAAGAAGUGCAAGCCUGUGUUUACUCAGAUAGCCCAGCAGGUGGUUAAAUUGAAGGCAGAUGAUUUGAGACUGCCUGCACGGGCCUGGAAGGUGAAGCUGAUUGGGGAAGGAGCAGACGACGCUGGUGGUGUGUUUGAUGACACCAUUACGGAGAUGUGUCAGGAGCUAGAGAUGGGAGUGGUCCCAGUGCUAAUUAAAACACCAAAUGCUCAGAACGAUUCUGGAAACAACCGAGACAGGUUGUUGUUGAAUCCGUCAUUGACUUCUGAUGAGGACCUGACUAUGUUCAAGUUUCUGGGAGUCCUGUUUGGAGUGGCCAUUCGGACAAAGAAACCGCUUGAUCUACACUUAGCACCGUGUGUCUGGAAAUUACUUGUUGGCAUUCCUCUCAAACAUGAGGACUUGGAGGAGGUAGAUCACCUUUACAUCCAGAGUCUGAUUGGUAUCUCUGACAUACAGAAGAGUGGAGUCAAUGAGACUAACUUCCAUGAGUUCAUUCCACUGGACAGCUUUCUAGGACAGAGUUCAGAUGGCCGACUAAUUCCAGUGAUUCCUGGUGGAAGUACGAUUCGUCUCCACUUCCACAACAGGAGAGAUUAUGUUGAGGCUGUCCUUACCUACAGACUCCAUGAGAUGGACAGACAAGCUGCAGCAGUGAGAGAGGGUAUGGCAUGGAUUAUACCUGUACCUCUGUUGACAUUACUGUCCCCUCGGGUCCUGGAACAGAUGGUGUGUGGAAUGGAGGAUAUGAAUGUGGAUAUCCUUCGUAAAGUUGUCAGAUACCGAGGUAUAGAUGAGAAGAAUGAAGUGGUGCGUUGGUUUUGGGAAGUUCUGGAGGCCUUCAGUAAUGACGAACGGAUCCAGUUCCUGCGAUUUGUUUCAGGAAGGACACGAUUGCCAGCCAACCCCUCGGAUAUAUCACAGCGAUUCCAGAUUAUGAAUUCUGAUAGGGGUGUAGACUGUCUUCCCACAUCACAGACCUGUUUCUUCCAGCUUCGUCUACCAUCUUAUCCUAGUCGCGAAGUUCUGGCAGAAAAGUUACGCUACGCCAUUUACAAUUGCCGGUCAAUUGAUAUGGACAACUACAUGUUGGCACGUAAUGUGGAAAAUGAUGUUCCGUCUGAUGAUGAAGGAAUGGAAUAUAUGUAGACAUGUAGAAACUGAGAGCACAAAGAUGUCUGCAACUUACAGGAAUGUUUCCCUAUAGAAGAGUCUUUAAACUAUUUCUUUGUAUUCUUGGAUGUAUGUAAGGAACAAUAUGCAACAAGUCAUCCAGACCUAAAUUUCUUAUCAAAUACCUUUCCACAGAAAGAAGGAAAUUUAUGAAGUUCUUAUGUUAAAGACCAACUUUCAUAAGUAUGUUUCUGACGAUAUUUCCAACAUUGAAAAUUAUCUUAUUGGUGAUUCAAACUGAGUAGCAAAAAAUUGCUUCACUACGUUUAACUUUAUAAUGCUGUACUUGCCCAUCCUGCCUACAGUGUUGAUAAAAAAUAGCACACAAGUUUGGUUUUUGACAAUAUCAGCUUGUAUACUGUAUUGUUUAUUUGUCCCAAUAUUGGGGACAUGUAGUGUUACCUUUGUCCAUCUGCCAUUCCAUGCUGUCAAGCCCUGUCAUAUGUUAAUGUCAUAUCUGGAGAGCCUUUCAACAGAUUUGAUUCACAUAUACUAUCAUACCAUCAAGUGCUUAAUCUGAUUAGAUUUUAGUUUGUAUGGGGGCAUUCAUGGCUUAAAGUCUGAUGGUUAUGAGUGAGGGAUGGGUCUGGAAAUUAAAAUCAGAAUCGGUGUAAAAGAAAUGGUUAUAUAUGUGAUUUGUUUUGUACACUUGAUAUAUUAGUGUGUGAUUGAAAAGUGUAUAUUACAAAACAAUAUAUUCUAAGUGUACUCUGUAUAUGCAUAAUAAGAAACAUCAUCUUGACAUCAGUUCCACACCAUUAAGUAUCUCAAAGCAGCCAUUUUGUCAGGAAAAAAAUUGAAAUUAAAUCUAUUCACCAUGAAAUAGUACGAGUAUAUAUUUCAAAGGCAAAUUUGUGAAUUGUGCACUUGUGGGCCACUGUAGGCUCAAUCCAACGUCUCUGCCAUUCAGUGAUGUCAUCAGAAACAGAUGUGAAGUUUUGUUUCUGAUACACAUGUCAGUUAUUUCAGGUGAGAGAAUUUGAGGUUGCAGCUGAAGAUAUUAUGGAAAAUGCUGGUGUUUAUUUGAUAAAUCUUAGAAGUAUAACACAUUUCAAUUCAAAUGUGUAUUUAUUUAGUUGCAAGUUAUCGAAGUAGCAUAGCUAGCAUGAUACAAUUGUAUGGGUCCGAAACUAAUGCAACAAGGAUAACACAAUCAGUAUUUGUGUUAUGUGUCAUAAAUUAUAAUAUUCGUGCGCUGUGUACAUUAUAGUUAGCUAAUUUAUUUUAAGAGACUUUGCACUAAGGUAAUUUAUAUAUUCUUUUAAAACAAACUGUGAUAUAUGGCUUAGAUGUGUGUGUAAUAUGUGUGUGAUUUAAAUUAAGGUGAAAAACUUUGUAUUUCAAUUUUUCAAAAUUUGUAAUACAGUAUAGGUUUUUGUAUUAACCGAAUAAGUGCAAAAAUUGUGAACUGGUUCGCAAUAGCCUCUUGUCAAUUUCUGUGCAAUUCUUCAUUGCGAAAACAAGUUUUUAUUUUGUUUUAUUUUUUUGUGCAGUUCUUCCCAUUCAAAAAUUUACAUGACUAGAAUUUGAUUUUAAUUGCCCAACAAAAACUGACAGUGCUAAGAUGCUUGAUUAGCUGAUGAUACUUUAUAGCAUUUCAAACUUUUGAAGGGUUGGGGAAAAAUACUUGUCCUGCACUUUUGGAGAAAUGUCAAGCUCUCUACACUACACUAUUAGUUUUAUUGCGAUCAGUAUCAGAAUUCUAUUGCUCAGAUUGUUGGAAUGUUGAAGUAUUUUAUUGUAUGCAGAGUGCGACGUUCACAAAAAUGUUGUAACAUGUACACCAAGUCCAAUAUCUAUGACUGUGUCUGCCAAAUAAAAUAUGGAAUAUGUC